AUGGACCUCGACGACACCAUCCUCCCCGAACCCGCGCCCAAGCGACGGCGCGUCUCGACCCUCAAGAGCACCACCUCGACCCCUCGCUACAGCUCCCCCGAUGAGCUCGCCACAGACCUCAAGAAGAGCUCGCCGCGCCGCGUCUCCAUCAGGAGAGGCAGGCUUAGCAGGUCCCCGCCCAGCCGGAGGUCCAGCGAGGACGAGCUCAACCACGCCUACUACACUCAGUCACCCACCCCGGACACGAGGCCCGCCUCGCGCUCCCCCUCUCGCUCGGCCUCGCCCUCACGGAACCGAACGCGAACCAGAAACCGAGCCCGCUCGCCCUCUCGUUCACCAUCUGCCUCCGACGACGACUCAGCCCGCUCCCGCUCCCGCUCCCGCUCGAGACCCAAUGCCCUCUCCCCUUCGCCGUCACCGUCGCCUCGCACCCUCGCCUUUGACUCGCGAUCCCUCUCCCCCGCCGCCUCCGACCGCACCACACCCCAGAGCCUCGCCGACAAGGUCGACCGGCACCUGCGCCUCUCGCCACAACAAGACCACCCCCCACCGCCCCCGCCCCCGCGCCAUAAUGUGCGGCCAGACUACCGCCCCAAGAUGACCCUCACCGGCCACCGCGGCCCCGUCUCCCAGGUUCGCAUCUCCCCCGAUGGCCGCUGGAUCGCCUCGGCCUCGGCCGACGCCACCGUCAAAAUCUGGGACGCCCACACCGGCCGCCUCAUGGACACCCUCGUCGGCCACAUGGCCGGCGUCAGCUGCCUGGCCUGGUCCCCCGACGGCGACACCCUCGCCACCGGCUCCGACGACAAGGCCAUCCGCCUCUGGGACCGCGUCACCGGCCGCCCCAAGGUCAGCGCCAAGGGCAUCUCGGGCGCCAAGGACGGCGCCGCCCGCCCCAUGCCGCCCUUGCGCGGGCACCACAACUACGUCGUCAGCAUUGCCUUUUCGCCCAAGGGCAACGUCCUCGCCUCGGGCUCCCACGACGAGGCCGUCUUUCUCUGGGACGUCCGCGCUGGUCGCCUCAUGCGCUCCCUGCCCGCCCACUCCGACCCCGUCUCCGGCAUCGGCUUCUCCCACGACGGCACCCUCGUCGUCAGCUGCUCCACCGACGGCCUCAUCCGCAUAUGGGACACGUACACCGGCCAGUGCCUCUCGACCCUCGUCCACGAGGACAACCCCGCCGUCACGGCCGUCUGCUUCGCCCCCAACAGCCGCUUCGUCCUCGCCUUCAACCUCGACGGCUGCAUCCGCCUCUGGGACUACGUCGCCGGCACCGUCCGCAAGACCUACCAGGGCCACAAGAACGCCGGCUAUGCCGUCGGCGGCUGCUUUGGCCUGCUGCCCGACGGCGGCGCCUUUGUCGCGUCGGCGAGCGAGGACGGCGACGUCGUCCUCUGGGACGUGUCCUCCAAGGAGGUCGUCCAGAGGCUGCACGCCCACCCCGGCCUCGUCUGCUUCUGGGUCGAUGUCAGGGGCGACACCAUGGUGACGGCCGGCCAGGACGGGUCCCUGCGCGUCUUAGUCCACGCUACAGAGGCGACCCACGCCACAGAGGCGACCGCCGCGCCGACGAACGGCAGCGGCGGCGCCUAUGGGCACGCGGAGAACGGCGUGACGCCGCCAUUGGCGCCCGCCGAGACGAGCCGGAGCGCCGAGCCGCCCAUCAAGAUGGAAGACGACGACGUCGCCAUGGACGGCACGAGCGCGUGA